UCUCUCGAUUUCAAGGAUCACUAGAGAUAUCCCUGGAAAACAUUUCUUAGUUUUAUACCCUCAAGGGGAGCGAGCGAGAGUUUGCAAGAAGGAGAAAUGGCGGGGGUUUUUGUUUCUGUUCUCAUUUUUCUUCUUAGUCUGCUGUCGUAUAUCGCCAAAAGAAGAUGCAAGAAAGAACUCUGUAAAGGAGUUAAGCUUCCUCCAGGUUCAAUGGGUUGGGGUUAUAUUGGAGAAACUCUUCAACUCUACUCUCAAGACCCAAAUGUAUUCUUUGCAAACAAGCAGAAGAGGUACGGAGAAAUCUUCAAGACCCAUAUUCUUGGUUGCCCAUGUGUCAUGUUGGCCAGCCCUGAGGCAGCUCGGUUUGUGUUAGUAAACCAAGCUCAUUUGUUCAAGCCAACUUACCCCGAAAGCAAGGAACAUCUAAUCGGCCCAUCAGCCCUCUUUUUUCACCAAGGAGAUUACCAUAUGCGUAUAAGGAAGCUGGUUAAGGAUUCCUUGUCUUUGGAUGCACUUCGAAACUUGGUUGUUGAUAUUUCAGACAUAGCAGCUUCCACCUUAGACUCAUGGAGUGAAGGCCAUGUUAUUAAUACUUUUCAGGAAAUGAAAAAGUUUUCUUUUGAGGUUGGCAUUCUGGCAAUUUUUGGGCAUUUGGAGUCUCAUUAUAGAGAAGAAUUGAAAAAGAACUACAGGAUAGUGGAUAAAGGCUACAAUUCCUUCCCGACAAGCCUUCCGGGAACUUCUUACAAGAAGGCACUGUCGGCAAGAAAGGAGCUAAGCAAGAUUCUCAGUGACAUUAUCAGCGAACGCAAGGAGAAGAGAUUACUUGAAAAGAAUCUUUUGGGUCGUCUUCUGAACUCAAAAGAUGAUGUGGGACAGGUUCUCACCGAUGAUCAGAUUGCCGAUAACAUUAUCGGAGUUCUUUUUGCAGCUCAGGACACCACCGCCAGUGCCUUGACAUGGAUUGUGAAAUACCUCCACGACAACCCGAAACUUCUAGAGGCUGUAAAGGCUGAACAGAAGGCGAUAUAUAAAAUGAAUGAUGAAGGUAAUAAGCCAUUGACUUGGAGUCAAACUAGAAACAUGCCCUUUACUAACAAGGUUGUUUUAGAGAGCUUAAGAAUGGCAAGCAUUAUAUCCUUUACCUUUAGAGAAGCAGUGGCUGAUGUGGAGUACAAGGGGUACCUGAUUCCCAAGGGCUGGAAGGUGAUGCCUUUGUUCAGGAACAUUCAUCACAAUCCAGAAUAUUUUAGUGAUCCCCAAAAAUUUGAUCCCUCAAGAUUUGAGGAUGCACCAAAACCCAAUACAUUUAUGCCAUUUGGUAGUGGAGUUCAUGCUUGCCCAGGAAAUGAGCUUGCAAGGCUGGAGAUGCUUAUCAUCACCCACCAUUUGGUCACCAAAUUCAGGUGGGAAGUGGUGGGAUCUGAAGAUGGGAUCCAGUAUGGGCCAUUCCCUGUGCCUUUGCAUGGACUUCCAGCAAGAUUUUGGAAGGAAUCCAGCAUUUAGCAUUGAUGAUGAAGACAAUAAGCAGAGCUGACAAUGCUCCUAUUAACAAAUAUAAUUGUAUCUCUUUUUCUGCUAAGCAUUUUUCAUUUUAGCUACUUAGGGCCAAGCCAACCCCAUUCAAAACUGACAUGGGGUUGCUUAGAUUUUUCUUUUUUAGCCUCCAUUUUUACCUUGGCCCCUCUUGAUUCAACCCCCUCUUUAUUUUUGUAUAAUUUACAUUGAUCUAUGAUAUAUAAUUAAUGUUUUCAAUGGGA